AUGUCCUGCUACAACCAGUGCCAGCCCUGCCAGUCCUGCGGCCCAACCCCACUGGCCAACAGCUGCAAUGAGCCCUGUGUCAGGCAGUGCCAGAACUCCAUAGUCGUCAUUGAGCCCUCCCCCGUGGUGGUGACCCUGCCCGGCCCCAUCCUCAGCUCCUUCCCACAGAACACCGUUGUGGGCUCCUCCACCUCCGCUGCUGUUGGCAGCAUCCUCAGCCGUGACGGAGUGCCCAUCAACUCUGGGUGCUGUGACCUCUCCUGCAUCACCAGCCGCUACUGUGGCAACAGGUGUCAACCCUGCUAA